AUGGCCGCGGCAGCGCUGGGGCCCGGGGACGUCCCGGAGCUGUUCCGUUGCAUCCAGCAGGUGUGCGGGUUCGACGACGCGGCCCGCAAGGAUGCCGAACGUGUGCUGUCGAGCCUGGAGGGGCGCCCCGGGUACUGCUCCUGCCUCCUGGAGCUCGCCUCGCGCACGGACGACCGGCAGGUCCGGUGGAUAUCGAUCAUCCAGCUCAAGAACAUCAUAGCGCGCCACUGGAAGCCGCGCCAGCACGCCGGGGGUCUGUCGAAGGACGAGAAGGCGCACGUGCGCGCCGGGCUGAUGACGCUGGCGCGGGAGCCCGACAGUCAGGUCGCGGUGCAGGUUGCGCUGGCCAUCGCGAAGAUCGCGCGGUCGGACUACCCGCGGGAGUGGCCGUCGCUGUUCCACGACCUCAGCGCCGCGCUCGAGCAGGCGAACGCGGCGCACGACCACCUCGCCGAGCGCCGCGUCCACCUCGUCCUGCACCACGCUCUGAAGGAGCUAGCUUCAAAACGGCUCGGUCCCGAUCAGCGCGCGUUCCACGCGCUGUCCGCCGAGCUCCUGCCGUCGCUGUGGCCCAUGUGGGGCGCCGCGACCGCGCAGCUCCUCGGCGCGCUCCCGGAGGCGCUCCAAGACGCGUCGCGGGCCGGGCACGCCAUCUCGUGGAUGGAGCGGUGGCUCCUGCUGCUAAAAAUAGUGCACCGGCUGCUCGUCGCGGGCUUCCCCGCGGACGCGAAGACGCGGCAGGAGGUCGCGAUGGUCCCCGCGUGCGUCCCCGAGCUGCUCGCGGCGACCGAGGCGCUGCUGGCACGCAGGCGCGGCACCGCUGGCGGGAACGCGACGCCGGGCGGCGCGGGGGUGUCGCGGCAGCCCGCGGUCCUGAAGCUCGCGACAAUGGUCGACCGGGGGGUGUAUAAGCUGAGCAAGAUCAUGCGGGAUCUCGUCGAGGUGCACCCGUGGAGUCUGCGACUUCACGGCGGGCUGGCCAAGGUGCUGGCGCACGCGUACGAGCGCGUGCUGGCGGGGCGCCCCGCGGGCACGGCGUCCGGGUCGAGCGGGCCGCAGGAGCGCGCGCUCGUGAUGUGCCUCCUCGUGCUGCACGGCGCGGUGACCGCCAAGGCGUACGCCGUCGACGACGGCAAGCGGUUGGGCGCGGGGUCCGCCGGCGCAGACGACGCGGCGCGCGUGGCGGGGAUGCGCGCGGACGCGAUGGCCCAGAUCACGGGCUUCCUGACUCAGGAACGCAAAGUCGGACUGCUGACGGCGCUGGUGCACGGGUACCUCCCGCUGACGCGGGCGGACCGGGAGGCGCUCGAGGACGAUCCGGAGCAGUUCCACGCGGACGGGGACGCCGGGGAGUGGCGGGAAUCGCUCCGGCCGUGCGCGGAGUCGCUGUUCUUGAAGCUGCUGGAGAGCGACAGGGCGGCGCUGGCGCCCGUGGUGGUCGAGAUGCUGCGCGCGGUGUCCGCGGAGGCGACGCCCGCGCAGCUUGAGGCCGCGGCGGCCGGCGGGAGCGGGCGCGGCGCGGACCACGCCCGGGAGGUCGAGCAGCUGGUCGCGCGGAGAGAGGGGGUGUAUAGCGCUGUCGGGUGGGGCGCGCACGAGCUCCACGACUACAUCGACGUGCGCGCGUGGAUGGACGCGUCUCUGCUGCGCGAGGCUGCGCUCCCGGGCGCCACGCUGCGCCCGCUGCGCCGCCGGGCGGUCAUCGUCAUCGGGCAGUGGGUCGGCAAGCUCGACGGCGACAUGCGCCCGGGGGUGUACUCGGUGCUGAUCGCGGCGCUGAGCUCGGGCGACCCGGCGAUCUCGCUGGCGGCGGUGGCGGCGCUGCGGGCGAUCAUCGACGACUUUGGUUUCGAACAGGACCAGUUCUCUCCGUUCGUUGCGCCGUGCCUGUCGGCGCUGCUGUCGAGCAUGCAGACCUUCGCGCGCUUCGACGCGCAGGUGCAGGCGUUCGCGCUGAUCUGCCUCGUCAUCGAGCGGCAGGGGGAGGACAUCCGCCCGCACGCCGGGGGACUGUUGGAAAUGCUCCCCCAGGUGUGGGCCGAGGCCGACGGCCAGCCGCUGCUGCGCAUGCAGGUCCUCGUCGCGCUCGGGCGCCUCGUGAGCGCGCUCGGACCGGCGUCGGGCCAGGCGCUGCCGGUCGUGCUGCCCCUGCUGCGCGUCGCGCUGGACGUGACCAACGACGCGUCGCUCUCGCUGGUCGAGGACGGGCUGCUGCUGUGGCUCCUGUGCCUGCGCACGGCGAUGCAGCCGUCCUGGGAGCUCCUGGACGUCUUCCCGGCGCUCCGCGGCGUCGCGGAGUCCAGCACGGAGCACGUGCACCUGGCGUGUCAGUGCAUGCAGUCCUGCGUGCUCAUGGGCGGCGCCGCGUUCCUGCGCAAGCACGGCGGGACGCUCGCUGCGAUUCUCGACGGCCUCAUGGCCUCCGUCAACGAGCGCGGGCUCCUCUUCGUCGUGCCGGUCAUCGAGCUCGUCGUCAAGUGCUUCCCUGACGACGGCCCGGCGCUGCUCGAAGCGCCGCUCAUGCGCGCCCUCAGCUCGCUGCUCAAGUCGCCGGAGUCCACGCUCGCCGCGAACGCCAUCGUCGGCCUCUUCGCGCGCAUCGCUUCGCACGACCCCGGCGCUGUGCUUGCGCUGGUUGACCACGCAGCGCGGUCGGGCCUCCAGGCGCCGCCGAUGCCCGGCGGCGGCGCUGCGCCCACGCUGCUCGGCGCGCUGCUGGACGCGUGGACGGAGUCGUUCGACUGUUUGUCCUCGGGGUCGUCCAGGAAGCUGUCGGCGCUGGGGCUGUGCUCGCUGCUGGCGGACCCCCCCGGGGACGUGUUGCAGCGCGUGGCGGAGGUGUCGGCGUGCGUGACGUCCGCGUACGUGCAGACGGAGCAGCAGAAGGCCGGGGACGAGGCGGACUUCGGGUACGAUUCGAUGGGUGCGGGGGCCAUGUGGGACAUGGGAGGGGGGGGUGUUUUGGGGGCGCUCGACGCGGGGCAGGAGGCGGAGGGGGAGUUCCAGCGGCGCAAGGCGGUGACGGAGUCGGACCCGGUGCUGACGAUGAAGGUGUCGGAGAGGUGCCGCGCGGCGCUGCAGGCGGGGCUGGCGGGGCCGCGCGGGGACGCGCUGCGGGCGGCGUUCCAGGGGAUGGACGCGGCGCUCGCGCAGCAGAUGCACGAAAUCGUGCAGGGCGGAUGA